GCGGCUCACAAUGGCGCGGCGGCUCUAGCCCCGCUCGUCGCGACUCCCGCCGAUCGGACACCGCCGCUCCCUCCCUACCCGCGCCGCCGCGCUCAGCACCCCCCGUGCCGAUCGCCCCGCAAGCCCCGUCUCCCCCCCCACUCAACGCCGCCGUCGUCGUUGUCGCCUCCCCCCCCCCGCCUCAGCUCUCCCCUCUCCUGGCCUCUCCUCCCUCGGGACCAUGGAGCAGCCCGCGCCGCCGCAACCCGCGCCCAAGGCCGGCGGCCCGAACCCGCCGCCUCCCGAGACGAGCAACCCGGCCAAGCCGGGCCGACUCACCAACCAGCUGCAGUACCUGGCCAAGGUGGUCCUCAAGGCCCUGUGGAAACACCAGUUCGCGUGGCCCUUCCACACGCCCGUGGAUACAGUCAAGCUCAAUCUUCCGGAUUACUACGAGAUCAUCAAGAACCCCAUGGACAUGGGGACCAUCAAAAAGCGGCUCGAGUCCAACUACUACUGGACGGCAGUGGAGUGCAUCCAGGACUUCAGCACCAUGUUUACAAACUGCUACAUCUACAACAGGCCGAGCGACGACAUCGUGCUGAUGGCGCAAAGCCUGGAGAAGUUCUUCCUGCAGAAGGUGGCAGAGAUGCCCCAGGAUGAAAUUGAGCUGCAGCAGCCGGCGCCUAAGGCAGCCAAGGGCCGCGGCCGCAAGAAUACCGCAACCAGCGUGGAGUCACAGAGCCCGGAGGAGGAGGCCCAGGGGGGCCCAUCCGCCCCGCAAAGGGGGGCCGCCCCUACGUCGACCCGGCCUCCCCGCGCCGCCUCCGCCGCCGCGGCCGCCUCGGCCGCCUCCUCGGGGGGGUCCACCCCCACGUCGGUAGCGCCCGCCCAGACGCCCGCACCCCAGCCCAACCACGCGUCGCCCGCCUCCCCCCCGGCACCCCCGCCCACGCCCCGGCCGCCCCCGCGCCCGCCCCCCAGGUCCCGAAGGCCGCCGCCCCGCAGCCCGCCCGGGCGGGCCCCCAGCAGAGCCCCCGGGGGGGGGGGCCCUCAGGGCGCCAGGGGCGGGGGCCCUCAGGCGGCGAGGGGCGGGGGGGGCCCUCAGGGGGCCAGGGGCGGGGGCCCUCAGGGAGCGAGGGGCGGCGGGGGACCUCAGGCGGCGAGGGGCGGGGGGGGCCCCCAGGGAGCGAGGGGGGGCGGGGGCCCCCAGGGAGCGAGGGGGGGCGGGGGACCUCAGGCGGCGAGGGGCGGAACCCCGCAGGGCCCCAGGGCGGCGGCCCAGCUGACGCCGCAGGCCGGGCCCCAGGCGGCGCAGCGGGUGGUGUCGACGCGGCCGCCCUUGCCCCGCCCGGCGCCCCCUCCCAGCUCCGCGCCGCCCCCCGCGCAGCAGCUGAGGCCCGUGGCGGGUGCGGGGACGUCGGCGCCGGCAGGGCCAGCGGUGACGUCGACGUCCGUGCCCGCGCUGGGGCAGGUGCCGGCGCAACCCGUGUCAAAGGUGAAGAAGGGCGUGAAGCGGAAAGCUGACACCACCACGCCCAUGCCGAGCACCACGCCUCCCGAGAGCGGCGAGGCCUCCCCUCCUGCCGCCGCCGACUUCAAACCGACCAAGGCGCCCGCCCGCAAGGAGGGCGGCCGCGGCAAGGCCCGCAAGGAGAUGCCCGACUCUCAGCAGGCGGCAGCCGCCGCUGCAGCAGCGGCGGCCGUGGCGGCCGCUGCAGCCGCGGCCGUGGCGGCUUCCGUCCCGUCCCCGCCCGCCAGCAAGAAGAGCAAACUCCCGGCGCCCGAGCAGCUGAAGCACUGCAGCUCCAUCCUGAAGGAGAUGUUCGCCAAGAAGCACGCGGCCUACGCAUGGCCCUUCUACAAGCCUGUGGACGCGGACGCGCUGGGCCUGCACGACUACCACGACAUCAUCAAGCACCCCAUGGACCUCAGCACCAUCAAGCACAAGAUGGACGGACGCGAGUACCAGGACGCGCAGGAGUUUGCGAGCGACGUGCGUCUCAUGUUCUCCAACUGCUACAAGUACAACCCGCCCGACCACGAGGUGGUGGCCAUGGCGCGCAAGCUGCAGGACAUGUUCGAAAUGCGCUUCGCCAAGAUGCCCGACGAGGCUGGGGGGGCGCCAGCCCGGCCCAGCCCCGCGGCGCCACCCCCUCCCCCCGAGCCGGUGUUGCCGACCUCGGAGAGCGAGAGCACCGAGGAGAGCAGGCCUUCAGUGUCCCCGGGAGAAUUGGAGAUUCGCCAGGGGAACGGCAGCUGCCUCGAGAAGAGGAUGGGACCCCCCCGGGGAGACAGGAGGCAGCUUCUCGGCACCAAAGUCCCCAAAACGCCAAGAGCACAGCAACAAAACAUACAGCACGAUCUGUAUGUGCUACACGGGGAUGAUCUUUGUCUUUCUUGUGUACGUGUGUCUGGCUGCGGGGGUGUAUCAGGUGAGGAGAUCUUUGAAAACGCGCACACGCACGCGACCCUGGGGCCCGCGGGAGACGCGGCAGUGCACGACGCCGCUCCGCCAUGCCCCGUGACCUCCACCCCGUGCCCCGUGACCUCCACCCCGUGCCCCGUGACCUCCACCCCGUGCCCCGUGACCUCCACCCCGUGCCCCGUGACCUCCACCCCGUGCGGCACGCACACCCCGCCACAGGUACGCCUGGUGCAUGGCCACGCGUACGGCAGCCUGCUCGACCUCUGGGCCCCCCACGGGAACGUGGGAAGUCGCGGCGGGGAGGGCGGCGUGGAGGGUGAGGACACGGCGGAGAGCAGGACCCAGGAGCCCCACCAACAGUUCACCCCUCCUCAGCCAUCACCACCCCCUGGCUGGGGUGGAGGGAGGGGCAAGUCCUGCGUCCCCAGUCCUGGCCACGGCUCCCCGCACCUCCCGGCCAGCGACACGACGACCCCUCCCGCCGGCGGCCACGAGUGGUCCCUCCCCACGCUCCCCGACCUCGCGUCCGGCUCCUCGCUCGCCGAGCUGACGACCGACGCCUUCUCCGUGACGCUUGCGCCGCCGCCGGCGCCGCCGUCGCGCGCCUCCUGGGAGCUCUUCGAGGACAGCGUCCUCGGCCUGUGGCUCGCGGGGAAGGCCGAGGGCAGCGUGGCGCAGGCCGGGAGCGACCGCGAGGGGCCGGCGGCGGCGUCGCCGGCGGCGGCGGCGUUGUGGGCCACGGGCCUGGCCUCGCCUAGCAGGCCCGAGCUGAGCACCAGCCUCUUCUCGUCGCCGUCCCCGCCGCGCACACGCCUGCACAUCAGCCUGUCGGAGGAGGAGCUCGCGGCCAGCCUCUCGGACGACUCCGGGGUGCCGGACCGGCGCGAUUCUGCCGGGGAGCCCGAGGAGAGCCCCAUGCGCUGAUGCCGCCCCCCCCCUCCCGCUAACCGCCAACCGGCUGGGCCGCCCCCUUGUUGUGGAACGCGGCCGGACGGAGUGGCUGGUGAGCGUGCUGGGUGGGGACACGCGAGGCCACGUGGGCCAGAGCGUGGUCGUGUUGCCGAGCGUCCACCGACCUCGGGGUCGCCACGUGGCCGUGAUAUUUGUCUACGGAUAUUAGUCUGAGUAAUGUCAGUCUGUGGGCAAUGUUAGUUUACAGGCCGUGUUAGUCUAUGGGCAAUGUUAGUCUAUGGGCAAUGUUAGUCUAUGGGCAAUGUCAGUCUAUGGGCAAUGUUAGUCUAUGGGCAAUGUUAGUCUAUGGGCAAUGUUAGUUUACGGGCCGUGUUAGUCUACGGGCAAUGUUAGUCGAUGGGCAAUGUUAGUCUAUGGGCAAUUUUAGUCUAUGGGCAAUUUUAGUCUAUGGGCAAUGUUAGUCGAUGGGCAAUGUUAGUUAGUCUAUGGGCAAUGUCAGUCUGUGGGUAAUGGUUGUCUAUGGGCAAUGUUAGUCUAUGGGCAAUGUUAGUCUAUGGGUAAUGUUAGUCUAUGGGCAAUUUUAGUCUAUGGGCAAUGUUAGUCUAUGGGCAAUUUUAGUCUAUGGGCAAUUUUAGUCUAUGGGCAAUGUUAGUCUAUGGGCAAUUUUAGUCUAUGGGCAAUGUUAGUCUAUAGGCAAUUUUAGUCUAUGGGCAAUGUUAGUCUAUGGGCAAUGUUAGUCGAUGGGCAAUUUUAGUCUAUGGGCAAUGUUAGUCGAUGGGCAAUGUUAGUCUAUGGGCAAUUUUAGUCUAUGGGCAAUUUUAGUCUAUGGGCAAUGUUAGUCGAUGGGCAAUGUUAGUUAGUCUAUGGGCAAUGUCAGUCUGUGGGUAAUGGUUGUCUAUGGGCAAUGUUAGUCUAUGGGCAAUGUUAGUCUAUGGGUAAUGUUAGUCUAUGGGUAAUGUUAGUUAGUCUAUGGGCAAUGUUAGUCUAUGGGUAAUGUCAGUCUAUGGGCAAUGUUAGUCUAUGGGCAGUGUUAGUCUAUGGGUAAUGGUUGUCUAUGGGCAAUGUUAGUCUAUGGGCAAUGUUAGUCUAUGGGUAAUGUUAGUCUAUGGGCAAUGUUAAUCUAUGGGCAAUGUUAGUCUAUGGGUAAUGUUAGUCUAUGGGCAAUGUUAGUCUAUGGGCAAUGUUAGUCUAUGGGUAAUGUUAGUCUAUGGGCAGUGUUAGUCUAUGGGCAAUGUUAAUCUAUGGGCAAUGUUAGUCUAUGGGUAAUGUUAGUCUAUGGGCAAUGUUAAUCUAUGGGCAAUGUUAGUCUAUGGGUAAUGUUAGUCUAUGGGCAAUGUUAGUCUAUGGGUAAUGUUAGUCUAUGGGUAAUGUUAGUCUAUGGGUAAUGUUAGUCUAUGGGCAAUGUUAGUCUAUGGGCAAUGUUAAUCUAUGGGCAAUGUUAGUCUAUGGGUAAUGUUAGUCUAUGGGCAAUGUUAGUCUAUGGGCAAUGGUUCUUUCUCGAAGAGGUUGGCUAUCUUGGCUUCCUUCCGUUGAGCUCUGUCCAUGACAUGCACUCAACUGCCUCCCAGUAGCAUCCGAUCAUUAACAUUGCCCAUGGAACUCAUGUCAAACACCACAUUCAUACGCGGCUUCUCGUUUUCCUCUACUAUACGUACAAGAAAUCUAACUUUGCCCGUCUCGAAUUAUUCUCAACAAUGGUCUUGUAGUUGUACAGGGACUCCUCUAUUUAGGAACAAGUUAGGUUCCAGAGGUCUGUUUGUAAGUCGAUAUGUUCGUUAUUCCAGCUUUACUCCUGUCCAUUCCAAACAUGUGUUACAGCAUGUACACUAAACACGGGGAAUGGCUUUAAACUUUUAUCAUCUCCUGUAGAUGUAGAUUCCACCGGUUCUUCACGUUCUGCAGAUGUAGAUACCACUGGUUCUUAACGUUUUGCAGAUGUAGAUGUCACUGGUUCUUCACGUUCUGCAGAUAUAGAUGCCACUGGUUCUUAACGUUUUGCAGAUGUAGAUGUCACUGGUUCUUCACGUUCUGCAGAUGUAGAUGCCAAUGGUUCUUCACGUUCUGCAGAUGUAGAUGCCACUGGUUCUCAACGUUCUGCAGAUGUAGAUGCCACUGGUUCUUCACGUUCUGCAGAUGUAGAUGCCACUGGUUCUUCACGUUCUGCAGAUGUAGAUACCACUGGUUCUUAACGUUUUGCAGAUGUAGAUGUCACUGGUUCUUCACGUUCUGCAGAUAUAGAUGCCACUGGUUCUUAACGUUUUGCAGAUGUAGAUGUCACUGGUUCUUCACGUUCUGCAGAUGUAGAUGCCAAUGGUUCUUCACGUUCUGCAGAUGUAGAUGCCACUGGUUCUCAACGUUCUGCAGAUGUAGAUGCCACUGGUUCUUCACGUUCUGCAGAUGUAGAUGCCACUGGUUCUCAACGUUCUGCAGAUGUAGAUGCCACUGGUUCUUCACGUUCUGCAGAUGUAGAUGCACUGCUUCUUCGCAUUCUGCAGAUGCCACCACCACCAUCGAUUGCGUGGCGGUUGAACUUACAACUCUCGGUCCGAACUCGCAACUGGACAUACGUUCGUAAGUCGAUGUUCUUGAGUAGAUGAGUCCCUGUACAUGUAACCCUGCUGCUCUCUGACGCAUUCGUAUUGUGAAGUAAAACAAAACACUAAGACUUUUUAUACACACCUAAUCAGCCGCACAGAGAGGACCCUUUGCCGAUAAACGCGUGGAAACACGCCGGUAAUUGGUUAAAGCGAAAGCCCGGCUCUGCUGACGAAACGUUGAAUCUUUAAUCCGCUCCCGGGGAGUUGGUGCUCACUUUGAACUAACGCCGAAAUUAUGCUGCUGCUCCCAGGAGUAGGCCUCGGCAAGGUAAGGUAAGAACGAGCCUACCUUUACCCUACCUUUUACCUUACCACAAUACAAUCACUCUACCCUUACCUUUUACCCUAUAGCAAGGUAAGGGUAAAAGGUCAAAAGCAACGAGCCUACCUUUACCCUACGUUUUACCCUUAACCCAUACAAAUUACCCGAUUACAGGGCAAUUACGGGGGCACUACAAAUGAGCGAGGUUUAUAACAGGUAAAUGCUAGGUAGAGCGCUUUAUCCAUAUAGCAUACUCUCGAUGAUUCCAAUUUUAAAUGGAGGUCACAGACUGCGCCACGGAGUUUUAGCGAGCGGUAAACAAGGUAUUUACCGGGUAAUACUUGGCGCUACCUUUACCCUACCCUCUACCUUACCCCUUGGCAUGUCGACAUCUUUACCCUAUUACCCGGUAAAAAGGGUAAAUGACCUUACCUUGCCGAGGCCUACCCAGGAGGAAGGCCGUGCAGCUGCUGGGAUGUGUAAAAUGUUUUAUUUAAUAUAUUUUAGUUGUAAGAGGGGGAAGUCUGAUUAAUUAUUGGAUGGAGGAUUUGCCUGCGUGUCUAGAUAGGCGUUAACGCUGCGUGGAAGGGGAGCGCCUCCGUGCGGCGGCUUAGUUUACAAUGUUACAGUGGACGUGGGUGGUGAUGGGUGACGGUGAUUGGGAAGUGGAGAAAGUGCCUGAGGUGGUGACUGGUAAAGAAAGUGCCUGAGUGGAGAAGGCAACUGGGAAGUGGAGGUGACUGGGAAGUAGAGGUGAUUGUAAAGUGGAGAGUCCCUGAGUGGAAAAUGUGACUGAGAAGUGAAAGUGCCUGAGGUUGUUACUGGUAAAGAAAGUGCCUGAGUGGAGUAGGCAACUGGGAAGUGGAGUGGAGGUUGACCGGCAAGAUGAGAAAGUGACCGAGUUGGUGACUGCCAAGUAGAGAAGGUGAUUGGAAAGUGGAGAGUCCUUGCGUGGAAAAUGUGACUGAGAAGUGAAGAAAGUGCCUGAGGUGGUGACUGGUAAAGAAAGUGCCUGAGUGGAGUAGGCAACUGGGAAGUGGAGUGGAGGUUGACCGGCAAGUUGAGAAAGUGCCAGAGUUGGUGACUGCCAAGUGGAGAAGGUGAUUGGAAAGUGAAGAAAGUGCCUGAGGUGGUUACUGGUAAAGAAAGUCCCUGAGUGGAAAAUGUGACUGAGAAGUGAAGAAGGUGCCAGAGUUGAGGUGACUGGUUAGGAGUACCUGAGUGGAGAAGGUGACGGGGCAAGUGAAGAAGGCGACUGGUGAGUAGAGAAGGCAACUGGGAAGUGGAGUUGACUGGCAAGUGAGGAAAGUGCCCGAGUGGAGAAGGCGACUGUUGAGCGGAGGUGGCUUGAGUGAAGGUGUCCGAGUGAAUAUUGGUGUCAGCGGGUUGGUGCAGGGCAUCUGGGGCCGACACUGCGCCAAGCGAGGUGUUGCUUAGCGAGGUUGUUACUAUUGUCGUGGGUCAGGAACCAGAGGAAAACGUAUGUGAGGCAACACUAUUUAUUUAACUGUAACUGAAUACAAGGUCCUUAACAGAAAGGGGUAACGGCUCCUUUCACCCGAUACCUGAGGAGGUAUGGCCUCCGGGCUACACUUCCGCUUAACACUGGGACCACUCUAGCUCUGAGGCCCACUGACCCGACCGUCCCAAGGUCUCCAGGUCUUGGCCGCUGGACUCACUGAGCUCCGGCCCUUAGGACAGUGGAGCUUGGAGUCCAUGGUCCUAACUUCAGCUCCGUCUUUGAUCUUCAGCGUGGAGAUGAUUGAGCUGGACCUGUCAGAGGUCCGGCUUAUAUACAGGUCCGUGGCUUGCUCCGCCCUAGCCACGUGUCCCUUCCAAAACCUUCUGGAAGGUGACAUCACCUAAUCCCACCCUCCCGGGGUUUGGGGAUGUGUCCCAGGAUCAGAGGUCGCAAACGGGUUUUGAUUCCUUACCCGUACCCGGCCGCACCAGGGUCGCAAAUGGGUACCCGUACCCGACCGGGUAAGGGUAGCCGUUCCCUACCCGUACCCUACCCGAAAUGAGUGACAAACGGUUACUCACCAGUGACUCACGGUCUACCCGUACCCGGCCGCACCAGGGUCGCAAACGGGUACCCGUACCUGGUCGGGUACGGGUAGCCGGGUAUCGGGUACCCGGUUGCGACCUCUGCCCAGGAUCUGUUUUCCCAGGGAUUGGCUUUGGCUCCUUGGGACAUGAUCUUGGCGUGACGCCGCUUCCGCCCCCUGUUGAUGAGAAGGGGGAGCUUCCCGCUAACAGCAUGGGGAGUGCCAAUUAAUACCGCUACACUAAAUUUCGAUUUAAAGCUUUCGUGACUGCAGGGAUUCAUCUUCUUGGUUCUUUCGGUAAAGUCAUCACGUAGAAGGGAAGUAAUAAAAUAAUAAAAAUCAAACUUAAAUAAU